AUGAAGUUUUCAGUCUUUCUCGCUGCAGCCGUGGCCUCGUCGGCAUCAGCGCUCUCCAUUGGGAAGAGGGAUGGCCCAGAAACGUUUACAAUUGAGCUCGCUCCGGGCGAUGUCAGGACUGUUACUGAGGCUGAGAAGUGGGAUCUGAGGAGAGAGGGAAAGAAUUUUAUGGACAUCACCGACUACCCCGACCUCGCCGCCCACGCCCUCAAGGAGCGCGCCGCGGUCGUCUUUCCAUCCAGAGUCUCGCAACAAGCAGCCGUCACGCCGCUGCUGCCAGCUCUAAGCAAAGCCAACAUGCAGUCGAACCUGGUGACCUUCUCAAACUACUUCAACCGCUACUACCGCUCGACCUACGGCGUCCAGUCCUCGCAAUGGCUCCAAGGUCGCGUCCAGGCUGUCAUCACCGCCUCUGGCGCAGACAAGUACGGCGCCAAAGUCACCGCGUUCCAGCACUCCUGGGGCCAGUCAAGCAUCAUCGCAACCAUCCCCGGGAAGAGCGCCAAGACCAUCGUCAUCGGCUCGCACCAGGACAGCGUCAAUCUCAAUAACCCGUCUGCGGGCCGUGCGCCGGGCGCAGACGACGAUGGCAGCGGAUGCGUGACGAUCCUGGAGGCGAUGCGCGUGCUUUUGACCAACCCGACUAUCAGGCAAGCUCAGGGCGCCAAUACCAUUGAGUUCCACUGGUAUGCCGCUGAAGAGGGGGGUCUGCUCGGUAGUGGGGCGAUCUUCCAGUCCUAUGCCGCCGCCGGGAGGGAUGUAAAGGCUAUGCUGCAGCAAGAUAUGACGGGCUACGUCCAAGGAACGCUGGCGGCGGGAAAGCCAGAGAGCGUGGGUGUGAUUACGGAUUUCGUCGAUGUUGGCUUGUCGGAGUUUAUCAAGAAGGUCAUCACUGCUUAUUGCCGCAUUCCCUACGUCUCCACCAAGUGCGGGUACGCCUGCUCGGACCACGCUUCUGCGUCCAAGGCCGGCUACCCGUCGGCUUUUGUCAUCGAGGCUGCGAUGGAGCACACGAGCAAGCUGAUUCAUACUACCCAGGAUACCGUCUCGACGGUGAGCUACGACCACAUGCUUGAGCACGCGAAGAUGACGCUCGGAUUUGCGGUGGAGCUGGCGUUUGCGACGUUGUAG